UCACCGAAUGUUGUUGUUGGAGCGGGUGGAGCACCGGUUCAAAGAUGGAGGGGUUGCGAGAUAUGUGCGGGGUGGUGUGGACGGGCACCGCGCAGGGCUCCCAGGUGGCACAGGCACAGCCUUGACCCUGACAGCCUCUCCAGACAUCUGCCUCUCUGCCCCCCUCUGGCAUCACUGUUGCCCACCAGCCACCAUGGACUCCCAGAGCAAUGCAGAGGGGGAGUCUGGCCAUGAGCCCUCGCUGGAGCUUCUGUCCCAUGUCCAGCUCCACGCCAACCUCCCUGCCUCAGGGGCGGAGGGGAUGGCAGAGGCAUGCAGGGCAGCCGAGGCGUGUGGGGAGUGCCAGGGGCUGGGGCUGGACGCAGCGGCGUGGGAGCAGCAGCUGCAGCAGGAGCUGCUGGCCCUCAAACAGCAGCAGCAGCUCCAGAAGCAGCUGCUCUUCGCUGAGUUCCAGCAGUAUCAUGAGCACCUCACCCGCCAGCACGAGGUCCAGCUCCAGAAGCACCUCAAGCAGCAGCAGGAAGCCCUGCCCGCCCGCCAACAGCAGGAGCUGGAGCAGCAACAGCAGCGGGAGCAGCAGGAGACCCUGGAGCAGCAGCAGCACCUGGAGCAGCUCCAGGCCCUGCGCACCAAGGACAAGAGCUGUGAGACCCCAUGCCCUACAGGUGCCAUCGCCAGCACAGAGGUGAAGCUGAAGCUGCAGGAGUUCCUGCUCAGCAAGACAAAGGAGCCAGGAACUGCCCCCCCCAACCAUUCCCUCCCCCAGCACCCCAAAUGUUGGACUCACCACACUUUGUUGGACCAGAGUUCCACCCCCCAAACUGGCAGCCUGGAGACACCCCCAUCCUACAAACUCCCCCUCCUUGGUACCUAUGACAGUUGGGAUGAUUUCCCGCUCCGCAAAACCGCCUCUGAACCCAACCUGAAAGUGCGCUCGCGGUUAAAACAGAAGGUGGUAGAGAGGAGGAGCAGUCCCCUGCUGCGGAGGAAGGAUGGCACCAUCAUCAGCACCUUCCAGAAGCGCGCCAUCAAGAUCACGGCGUGGGCAGCUCUGGGGGCAGUGGUGUCCCCCCCCAUGACGCCCACCGGCCCCGCAGUGUCCUCAGUGUGCAGCAGUGCCCCGGGCUCCGGGCCCAGCUCCCCUAACAGCUCCCACUGUGCCAUUGCUGAGAACGACUUCACCGGCUCCAUCCCCAACAUCCACGCUGAGCAGCUCCUGCCCCAGCACUCAGCCCUCGCCCCGGAUGGCUCCAGCCAGCUCAGCCUCUACACGUCCCCAUCCCUGCCCAACAUCUCCCUGGGGCUGCAGGUCACCGUCACCAACUCCCACCUCAAUGCAUCCCCCAAGCUGUCACCGCAGUCAGAGGCCGAGCGCCCGGCAGUGGCCACCCUGCACCCUGCAGCUGCCCUCACCAGCAAGUUCCUGAGCACCUCAUCCAUCCCAGGCUGCCUGCUGGGGGUGGCCCUGGACGGAGACCCCCCCUCUGACCCCGUGUCCCUGCUGCAGCACAUCCUGCUACUGGAGCAAGCGCGGCAGCAGAACACCCUCAUUGCUGUGCCGCUGCAUGGGCAGUCGCCGCUGGUGAUGGGUGAGCGCGUGGGGAGCAUGCGGAUGGAGAGCAAACUGCCGCAGCACCAGCCCCUGAGCCGCACGCAGUCAUCACCGCUGCCCCAGAAACCCCAGGCCCUGCCUCACGGAGCCCUGCCCCACAGCACCCUCCAGCACCACUUCCUUGACAAACGGAAGGUCCAACUGGGAAAGGUGUUCCCUGAGGCAUCGCUGCAGCUGUACCCCGGGCCUGCCCUGGGCAUCCUGGCACUGCCCCACAUGACUCUCGCCCAUGCGCAGUCAUCCCCUGCCAGCGCUGGCAUCGAGCCCCCCAUGCCUGACGGACCACCCAAGCACCUCUUCACCACAGGCGUGGUGUACGACACGUUCAUGCUGAAGCACCAGUGCACCUGCGGCAACACCAACAUCCACCCUGAGCAUGCUGGGCGCAUCCAGAGCAUCUGGUCCCGCCUGCAGGAGACCGGCCUCCUCAGCAAGUGUGAGCGCAUCCGGGGCAGGAAGGCAACACUGGAGGAGAUCCAGACAGUGCACUCAGAGCAUCACACGCUGCUCUAUGGCACCAGCCCCCUCAACCGUCAGAAGCUUGACAGCAAGAAGCUCUUGGGUCCCAUCAGCCAGAUGUACACGGUGCUGCCUUGUGGGGGCAUCGGGGUGGACAGUGACACAGUGUGGAACGAGAUGCACUCAUCCAGUGCUGUGCGCAUGGCGGUGGGCUGCCUGCUGGAGCUUGCCUUCAAGGUGGCUGCUGGGGAGAUCAAGAACGGCUUUGCUGUCAUUCGCCCCCCGGGACACCACGCGGAGGAGUCCACAGCCAUGGGCUUCUGCUUCUUCAACUCAGUGGCCAUCUCGGCCAAGCUGCUCCAGCAGAAGCUCAGUGUGGGCAGGAUCCUCAUCGUGGACUGGGACAUCCAUCAUGGGAAUGGAACCCAGCAAGCCUUCUAUGGUGAUCCCGAUGUCCUCUACAUCUCCCUCCACCGCUAUGAUGAUGGCAACUUCUUUCCAGGCAGUGGGGCCCCUGAGGAGGUGGGCAGUGGCAUGGGAGUGGGCUACAAUAUCAACAUUGCCUGGACCGGUUGCGUUGACCCCCCCAUUGGGGACGUGGAGUAUCUCACUGCCUUCAGGACCGUGGUGAUGCCCGUUGCGAACGAGUUCUCCCCAGACAUGGUGCUGGUCUCGGCUGGCUUCGAUGCCGUGGAGGGUCACCUCUCCCCUCUCGGGGGUUACUCUGUCACCGCCAAAUGUUUUGGCCAUCUGACAAAGCAUCUGAUGAUGCUGGCAAGGGGCCGGGUGGUGCUGGCGCUGGAGGGGGGCCACGACCUGACGGCCAUCUGUGAUGCCUCAGAGGCCUGUGUCUCUGCUCUGCUUGGCCUCGAGCUGGAGCCCCUGGACCCGUCUCUCCUGCAGCAGAAGCCAAACAUGAAUGCAGUGGCCACCCUGGAGAAGGUCAUCAAGAUCCAGAGCCAGCGGAGGAGCCGAUGGAGGCUGAGCCUGUGCUGUGACCCUCUGGCCCUCACCGCGCGGCCCACAGCUUUAUCUUUUUCUGAAACAAGAAAAGAAACACCAAGAGGAGAAGACAGAGGAAAAAAAAACACUAAAAAAACCCCAAACACAAAAAACUACAUUAAAAAAAACCAAACCCAACCUCAUAAUGACAACAAAAACACACACCAACACACAUAAGUUAGAAACAGGAAAAAAAGAGGAAAAUAUUUUCUUUUUCUAUUAAAAAGAUAAGAAAAACACCAAAAAAAUGGCCCCUGCCCCUCCUGUCGGCCCCCAGCUCCCCGUGGUGUUUGUGGUCGUGUCUCUUGUGAAGCCUGGGUUCCACCAGCACCUGCCCCACGAUGGGUUUUCCUGCUAUGGUUUUCUCUUUUUUUAAGGGGUUUUCCUUGUUUUCUCUCCCUUUUUUCUUUCCCACUGUCAUCCAUCCUCCCCUCCAGGGAUGUUGAUGGGAAAUAUUCGUGCCUUUAAUUCAGUCAGUUGGGGUUGGGUUUUUUUCUUUUUUAACACUUUAAUUUCCACUGUGAUGUUUUGGGGGCUUUUCUCACUUUCCUUCAUCUUGUUUUGUUUUUCCCUUUGGCAUCCCCAUUUUGGAUGGGGAACAUGAGACAUGGGGAAUGAGCCCCUUUGUCCCUUUGUUACCCUGGGGUGCUAGGUGAAGGAUCCCAGCACCUUUGUUGGGACAAAACUUUGUUGUAAAAAGAGAGGAGAGGGGAAAACAAAGAGGGGGGGAAAAAAGGACAUACAAGGAGGAAAAAACCCAUGUUCUUUUCCCAUCACUUAACCAGCUGGAGGGGACUCGAGUGAUUUUAGCUUUAAAAGAGAGAAAAAAAACAAAACAAAACAAACCCAUCCCAAAAAAAGGUAUAUAAUUUUAUUACAGACGUAUUAUUUAAUAGUAUUUUUUAAGGGAUCCUGGGGCAGAGGAUGAGGCCAGUGCUUUGUGUUUUAAGUUAUUCUGGAAGGGGGUUGG